AUGAUCGGCGAUAUUGUUCACCCUUGGCCUGGCCAAGGGUGGGGCACUAUAACUGAUUUGAAUACCGAGACACCCAUUGCAGUCGCAAGUACAUCACAAAUAUACUUCCCAAUCCUUCAAGUCGAAUGUCCCACGCUAGUCCUAACGAUUCUCAGUGCUCGGGCUGGAAGUCAUGUCGGCACAGAUUGUACACGACAACAACGGCCAAGAUUGCAGCUCAUGUUUCCUAACAACUAUAUACCUCCGACUGCUAUAAGUAGCGAUCACCCUACUGAUGGCUUGCUUUUUCAACUUAAUCCUCAAGGUAACGAUGGUCGAGCCAAAUGCACAGUCCGCCUUUCCAAACUAGCAACUUCUUCAGCUGAUAACAUUCAAUAUACAAUGAGGUUUCAGUUCUGGGGUUGUAUCCAAGAUCUAUUCAAUAUUGUGAGAGACGUGUUUGGUGAGGGAAAUCAUAUGUUUAGAUACCGUUUGUCUCACGAUAGACGUUUUUUGUAUGGUGGUGGAGAUUUUUGGCUCCAGGUUCUUAUCCGAUGCUAUCAACAGCAAUUAAUCCUUCCUACGAAUAUCGAAGGGACCUAUUACUUCUGGAAAGCUUUCCAACAUGAAUGGACUUUUGAAGAGGAAGGUGUCUUACGCGCUAUAAAAAAGGGUCGGUUCCACGACGAGGGAGAUCGACAGCUUUCCGUGGCCAUUCAAGUUGGAGACGUUGUUCAAGAAGUUGAUAUGGGUUAUGAGGCUUGA